ACGCGGCCUAGUGGGUGCCCCCGAGCCUUGGCUCCCCGAACCGGAGGUCGUUUUUGUUCCUUCAGACCCCGUUUUUUCGGCUAAGGAAGUCUCGAGCCGGGGACCCUUCUUCGGUCCAGCCUGGUGGGAAGUUCGUUGUGACUUCGCUGGAAAUUCAUUGCAGGCAGCUUGCUCUGAAGCUCUUUCGCACAGCAAAUCCUUGAGAUUGCGGAAUUGGAUGAGGAUGCUUUUCUAAAGACCGUAAAAUCCACAGGAUAAUUGGAGUCGGGAGGUGCGUUGGGCAGAAUUCCAGCUCUUCCCAUCAACUCCUUUCCGAGGCUGGAGGGAAGGCGACGGAAGACCUCCUUCGGGAUGUGAGAGAGACCCCCCACCUUUCUCCGAUUGCCCUGCAGGAUUGUGACCAUGCCUCCUGGGAAGAUGGGGGAGAAAGAGACUUUGGUCCUGCAGUGUGAAUGGGAAAUCUGCAGCUUUGUGGCCUCGAAGAUGGAAGACUUUUGCGAACACGUCUCGCAGCACCUGCAGCAGCAUCUCCAGAGCAAGGAGGAGGACAAUGAAAUGGAUUCUCUUGAAGAAUACGCUUGCCUCUGGCAGGAAUGUGGCUUUUGUUCCCCCGAGAGUUCUGCGGAGCUCGUCCGCCAUGUUUACUUCCACUGUUACCACACCAAGCUGAAGCAGUGGGGCCUCCACGUCUUACAGAGCCAGUCUGACUUGACUCCCUGCCAGCUGGACUUCCAGAGCCGGAACAUUAUCCCUGAGAUCCAAGAGAACUUCCUCUGUCUUUGGGAAUACUGUGAGCGAGCCUUUGAUAACCCUGAAUGGUUCUACAGGCACGUGGAAGACCACAGUUUCUGCGCAGAGUACAAGGCAAUUGGAAAAGAGAUCCAAAUGGUCUUCUGUGGGUGGAAAGAGUGUGACUGCACCUUCAAAGGCCGAUGUAAGUUGCGGGAACAUCUGCGCAGCCACACCCAGGAGAAGGUUGUAGCAUGUCCCACUUGUGGUGGCAUGUUCUCCAACAACACCAAGUUCUUCGAUCACAUCCGCCGACAAACAGCUUUAGAACAACAGCGAUUCCAAUGUUCUCACUGCUCCAAAAGGUUUGCCACAGAGAGAUUGUUGAGGGAUCAUAUGAGAAAUCACGUCAACCACUACAAGUGCCCCCUCUGUGACAUGACCUGUCCUCUACCCUCCUCACUACGCAACCACAUCCGCUUCAGGCACAGCGAGGAGCGGCCUUACAAGUGCAACUAUUGUGACCACAGCUGUAAGAAUCUGAUCGAUCUACGGAAGCACUUGGACACCCACAGCAAAGAGCCAGCCUACCGCUGUGAGUUUGAAGCCUGCGACUUCAGCGCCCGGUCCCUCUGCUCCAUCAAACUGCACUACAAAAAGGUUCAUGAGGGCGAUUCAGAGCCCAGGUAUAAGUGCCACGUCUGUGACAAAUGCUUCACGCGUGGGAACAACCUGACGGUCCACCUCAGGAAGAAGCACCAGUUCAAGUGGCCGUCAGGUCAUCCUCGUUUCAGGUACAAAGAACACGAGGACGGGUACAUGCGCCUUCAGCUGGUGCGGUACGAAAGCGUGGAACUGACCGAACAGCUGCUGAAGGACCGGGAGAAGCAGGGAGAAUCUCUGGAUGACGCAGCCCAGUGCGUGGUGCUGGCCGGGUCCGAAGGCGGCUUACAGGGCAUCAUCCUGGACUCGCCAACAGAGGAGCCGGGGGAGGCAGACUUACCAGCUGCCCUGCCAACCGACGGCUCUGCUCCACCGUGUGCCGGCGAGUCUCCGGAUUGUGAUCCGAGCGCUCCUCCCAGCCCGAUCAUCCGGGUGGUCAACAGGACCAACGAGCACGGAGAGAACGAGACGGUUUACUACGUGAUGGCUAACGCCCCCUCCGAGAGCCGGGCAGUUGUGCCUAGCGGGCUUGUUCCAGAGCCAGAGGAGAACGUGAUGGACAGGCUGCAGAAGACCGCCGAGGAACUGGGCAUUCAGAUUCUCUGAGGCUGCUUCUCCUCCUCCUCUUCCUCCUGAGCAACACCCCGGGGUCUUUCCACACACACACACACACACACACUCACUCUGGUUGGACCUUCCGAAUUUGCCAGUGCAAAUUGGACUUCUUGCCAAAAUGGACUUUAUCCUGAAUGGAGGUGAGAGCAAGAGAUAAAUACCAGAGAUAAAUACACAAACACGCCAGAGAUGUGUAAAUACACAAAUACCAGAGAUAAAUACACAAACACACACACACACCCCUCAAAAGCCCUUCGUCGGCUCCCUUCAACCUGGGAUCUGCUUCCAGACCUCUCGGAAAGGGGUAAUCUGGUAAGGGAAGCCAGCUUUAGGGCAGCUCCUCGGGAAAGGGACCGAUUUGAGAUGGAGGUUGGGUCAGACCUAUUCUUCGGAGCCUCCUGACCACACGACAUCUACCUGGCCGUAUUUGAAGAGCUGGUCCUUCCAAGAAAGCUAACGUCCCACCUUGGAAGUCUCGUUCUUUUGAUCUCACUCCUGGUCAGCCCGACUUGGUGCUGUGCAAGACUCUUUAAAAUAUCAAUCUCCAUCUCUUCGGUUGGUUUGCCCGUCAACCUGUUCUUCGUAGAAAUCCUCAGUCAGGGGGUUCUACCCCAGAGCAUCCCCCCCAGGGUGACUCGGGGGCCCUUCUCCGUCACCGGCCCCUAUUUCCGGGGUGGGGGAGAGGGUGCCAAUGAGCCCAUUGUCCUCACUGUUGCUCCAUAAUCCACGGCUGCUUUGCCUUCUAGGCAAAAAAUCCUUUUGUUGUCUUCGGGGCAGGGAAGUCUCCUUCCCACAGUCGUCACAGAGAUUGUGUUGUAAUCCCUCCUGCGUCACAAAGGAAGGAAAGAACAAAAAAGGGAACUAAAUUCUCGCCAAGGGGCGUCUCCCAUAUUGGGGUUCCAGCUCCCGGCUCACAAAGUUUACAUUGUAUUGACAUUCAGAAAUAAAGCCACACCGACAAAACCCAA